AUGCCCGCACUGUCCUCCAACACUUCGCGCGCGGACCCAAUGUUCCAAUCGUCAGACGACCGUAUCUGCCGCCUCCACGACCGCACCUGUUCCAACCACUUUUACCACGUCGGCGCCCACCCUCACCAGCGUUGCUUCGAAUCCUCUUGUCACAAUGUUAUCAGUCACUACCACGUCCACUAUCUCUGUCACAAAUACCGCGGCAACGACGAACACAACGACCGCAAUGAUCAAAAAGCUCCUGACGUCCCGACAACCGCCAACGCAUUCACCACCAUCACCCCCACCUCCAGCGAUGUCAGCUCGGUUCCAACACGUCCUCAUUACGGCCGCACAUCCACUUCACACAUUGGCCUGGCCGGUCACUUACGAAUACAUCGUACAGAGACUGGCGAAGCAGUGUCUGGAACACCAACAUACACUCGCCGCAUCUGCCUUCGCUGUCCACGCACAUCCAUCCGCCGCAUGGGCCUACUCAGUCGCAUGCGUAUUCAUGAUAGCGGAAUACACCGCGAUAUCGACUCACCCAGCAUACCUUGCACAUCCGCCACCCCUAAUCCAAUCAUUUUUCAUCGUCCUGCGCACCGCGGCCAACAACAGCAGCACUAUUAUCAUCACCACCGAAACCGAUCCUGCAGCUCCGGACCUAUCCUGCUCACAAUGUCACCACAUAUUAACCUCACGCACCGGCCUGGUCGGUCAUCCACGAGGCCGCCGCACGGAGACUGGUGA